AGGGGGUGGGAUCUUCUCUCUCUCCCCCAUAGGGCGCAGCAUGAGCGCUCCGCAGUAAAAGGAUGUGCGAGCAGGCAGCGCGGUACUGUAGGGACGGGGUCCACAAGCUGCUGAACAAAGAACAAGCCAAACUUCGAGCCCAGGACAACCGCGAGCAGCCGAAACCCGUAGCCGGUCAGGACAGCGAGUCCGCGACGGCAGCGCAGUCCGGAAACAGCGGCGCCCAGCCCGGUGGAAUCGACGGGCUCGUCCGCUGGAUCGUCACCAAAAUGAGCGACAACAAGAACAUCUCCAGCCGGGAGUACGCCUCCAGCAAGGAGGAGGUGGCCGUGGCUCAGGAGCAGUUCUUUGCCCCGGAGCCACGGAGAGGCAUCUCGGUCAUCCUGGAUAUAUUCAGAAGAGCCGACAAAGAUGAUGAUGGAAAACUGUCUCUGGAUGAGUUCCAGGCUUUCUUCUCUGAUGGCACGUUGAAUGAGGAGGAGCUGGAGAAGCUGUUUCACACCAUCGACUCGGAUAACACCAGUAAUGUAGACACGAAGGAACUGUGUGACUACUUUGCCAAGCACAUGGGAGACUAUGAAGGAGUUCUGGCCUCAUUGGAAACACUGAACCUUUCCAUCCUCAGAGCAAUGGAUUUCACCAAAAAGGUAUAUGAGAGAGGAACCAAUGUGGAACAGUUUGUGACUCGCUUCCUACUGAAGGAAUCAGCCAAUCAGAUCCAAUCUCUCCUGAGCUCUGUGGAAAGUGCGGUGGAUGCGAUUGACGAGCAGCACGGCCAGUCGGGUCAUCAACCUCCCAAAGUGAGUCCACGGGUGCCAGAGAAACGCCAUCAGAACACUGUCCCUGAUUAUCCCCCUAACAACAGAGUGAGUGCCAGAGAGGCCGUCAGGACCAUCAACACAGCUUCAGGAGCUGUGGAGGUGAGAAAAGAAGGUCUGGAGGCUCAGAUCAAUCGCCUGGCUGAGCUGAUUGGACGUCUUGAGAAUAAGACGGUCUGGUUGGAUCUGCACCAGAGGCUAACAGAUACAGAUGGCACCCCAAGCGCAUCCUUGCUGCUGAUUCGCCAGGAGAUGGUGGUGUCCCAGAAGAAGCUUGGCGAGUUUUGCGAGGCUCUGAAACAGUACCUGAAGAAUGUUUCUGCUCAGAGAGACUGCUUUCAUGUGACUGCGGUUCGUCUGCCAGAUGGUUUAUCCUUCGUUGUCUACGAAUUCUGGGAUGGAGAGAAGGAGUGGAAAAGGCACCUUCAAUCGGUUCCCAACAAAGCCUUUCAGCAUGUGAAGGUGGACACACUGUGCCAGCCCGAGACCAUCUCCUCUGUAGCGGUGCCAGCCGCCUGGUGCAGCGUGAACAGGGAUUGAGCAUGAAGAUUGUCCACAACACGCCAAGACUCCUCCUGGACACUUUCCACUUCUUCUUUUACUCCCUCCUCCAACCUGUUUACUACCCCCCUCCUCCAUCUCUUUUUGUAAAUACAUGUUUACAUAGUGUAAAGGAAGGGUGUCAUCUGCAGUGAAAAAUGAACAAACGGUGCAUUUAACAACAUGAGAAUACAAAAAGACGUGUUUGCGUUGGGAUAAUUUGAUGUUUAAAGUAGCUCUGAGCCACUUUGAGGUGGGGUUUAUGUAGCAAGGAAUAUAAGGUUGUUAGUCAUGUAGCAAAUUCUGUUUUUCAGUUAUCCAUCUGAAUAUUUUAUUUUUUACACUUUAUAAGUUUGCCUCUCCAUAAACUGCUUUUCCCUGCAACUUUCAUUAACAACUUGCUGCUAACUCUACAUUUAUGAAAACAUUACCCUCACCUCGGCCAUUUUAAGGUCACAGUGAACGGAUUAGGACCAUCAGCAGCCAUAAAUGUCAAUUUAGUUUGCAAUCUCAGGAAAAAUGCAAACCUCUGACAGCUGGCUCACUAGUUUAUGCAAUAGAGCUGGAAAUAAAUUCAGUUUUCUCAUUAUAAAAAGGACAGAAGAAAAUUUGACUUUAGCAGCUCCCAACAGGCUCACUUUUCAUUCAUGUCGAGUGGAUCUUUAUUAAUUUUUUAUAUGAUUUUUCUGAUACGAAAUUUGGGUUUAAUUCAUGUUGCAAGUGUUGAUGAUGAUGGACAGUUGGGAACAGUUAGGUCUUCAACUCCACAUAUUAAAACCUUCUAGGAAGAAUGCUGCAGUAUGCAUUGCAUCCUUGUCAAUCUUAAUUCAAAGAGCAGCAAACUAACUGGGAAGAAAAUUAACUUCCAUGCAUACAGCUCAGAAACAGCAGUAUUUUCAGGGUGCUGCAUGUCUGAUUUUCCUUGAUCCUCCAAACUGUUGCUACAUAUUUUACUGGGCUUUAAACUGACCCUUUGCGUCCUAAUUAAUUAGCACUCCUAAUUUUCAUACCUCAGUCUAGCCAAUCUCCAGCAGACCCAUCUUUAAAACAUGUUAGUCUAUGUGACAAAACUAAGAAUUUGUUAUGUUAAGGAGCUUCUUGAUGAAAAAUGGCUGCUGUGGGUGUAAUGUGUAAAUACGAUUUUACAAACCUGUGCAACAUGACAAGACGACAGGCAUCUUGUGGUGAGGAAGAACCUGAAAGGUUUCAACCAAAAGAUGUCAGUUUUCACAAAGAUUCAGUGACACAUUUCCAUUCAUCAUUUUUCAUAUAGCUUCAUUUCAAUCACAACUUAAGAGCAGGUUAAUUUAUUUUUUGCUGGGAAAAGGAUUUAGUAGAAAGAAAAAGUCAAGCACCUUGCUGCUUUUCAUGCAACUGACUUGUUUAACUUUUUGCCUUGUUGUAAAGCUGGUGAUGGGUAGCUCAUAUUAGCCGUGACUGUCUAGCAGAUGAUGUAGGUAUAAAAAUGCAGUGUUCUGUUCUGAUUAUAUUUGUAUUUAUUGACACGUCUCAGUGAUAUGAUGUAAAUUCUUCCUCUGUGAAAGUGGUUUUAAAGGUGCAGCGGGUUCUCUUCGGUUUGUUUAAUAUCUGUAACAAUAAACUGAUUUUAAAGCCUUAAACUUAAAAAACAAAAAUCAUGGUUGAGCAGAUUUUAAAAGUUUGCAGGAAUUUUGUCUAAUUCAAAGUAAAUGCUCCUUUUGUGUGAGCAUGUCUCUGCAUACACAAAAGGAACAAGUUUGUGUCAAAUAGACUUUUGUUCAUGAACAUUACAGAAACAAACCCUGACAUAUGAUCACAUUUACACUAUGUAUUUCACUUUUAGUAUGAAGAAGCACUAAAACCAAUGAGUACAGUUAUUGUCAAAAAGCCCUGAUGUAAGAGUUCACAUACCUGCAUGGGUGCUUUUCCACAAAAUACUCCACUUAAAUGAAAAAAACUGUGAUUAUGUGAAAAAGAUGAGUCUAGGGUUUCUUUCUGGUUUUUGGGAGUCUGAUCAGACCACUUACCCACUUUCACUUGGGCUGAAAUGAAGGAUACCACCACCAUCUGCCUGCCACUGUAAAACAAUCAGACUCAAAAAGCACAAUGUAAAAAAAAAAGAAAGUUAAUAUAAUGACUUUAACAUGAAGGUAUUUAGAAAUCUGUAGUAUUAUCAUUUGCUUCUAUUUCAACCAUGUUUGACUUACUUUCAUUUGCCUUUCCUUUCGAAGAGUGACAAUAGUAGAAAGUCUGGAAUCCAGCACCGUUUCCUCCUUUUAGGGCGCUGGGCUGCCCUGAGCAGAGUCAGGACUCUAGGACAUGCAGAAAAAUAAUAUAUGGCACCAAGAAUACAUUUUUCACUGAGGACUUGUAAAACAGGCAUGAUGCCAAGUCUGUAAAAUGUCUGUAGUAACUUCUUGGAGUUUUAAAGGGACCCUGUGGAGGUUUUGAUCUCUUGAGGAGCUAUAAAAUGCAGUUUUUACAGAAGAACUGGGACUUUUUAACAGUUACAGAUUAGGUACCAUUAAUAAAGUCAUUAUAGUUGAGAAAUGCCAUAUUUAAAUAUAGGGUUUUUAACAGCUGGUAUUAACCCAUUGCUGAGAACAUAUGACUCUGUGGAACAGCCUACUUUCCAAAUUGCAAAUAAAUGUCUUGUUUGCAUUCACAUUAAAAAGGUUUGAAAGAGUAAAUAAAUCACAGGACUAAUACACCCUACUCAGUAACAGCUGUGUUUAAUAUAAACCCGGCAAAAAAUGAACUUAAAUCUAAUCAGAGCAAAACAUAAAAGUCUACAGUGGCAGAGAGCUCGGUGUACCACAACAAUGAAAACAAACACAAAGCUGUGCUCUGACUAGACAGGAACAAAAAAUAAUGACAUGAACGUGAAAGCAAAACCUUUUCCAGGAACAUAAACGUUUAACUGCCCAAACAGGGUAUAAAUAGGUAAAUAAAACAUUCAUGUUUACCUGCAUCACUAGAAUCAACUUCAUCUGCAUCUUCAUCAAGUCUUUGGCUCAUUCACUGCAGUUUUAUGCAGCUAUUAUUUUUCAAAACUGCGUCUGACUUGUUUAAUGAGAAUUAUUGUCCUGAUCAGGCUUAGCUUUAUUAUUUUAUUUUCCAAGUGGACUAUUUGAUUUCACACACAGAUCCACAAAGUCUUAGAUAAACUCGUGUUUACCUCUAGAUGUUUUAAUGUUAGAGAGUAAUCUAAAGUGAUCACAUCAAUGCUAGCUUGCCUCCUCAUUGUUUAGAUGCGAUUUUUAUAUUUUCAGACGGUCUGUUUCAAAAUAAAGGAGCUAUAGUGAAUAAUACACUGCUCACAUUUACACAAUUAAUUGCUGAUCCAUACUUGUGGGUCCUCUGCUGGUCUGAGCCUAGCUUUACUUAGCAUACUUAUUCUUGACUAAUUUAGAGCCUUUCAUAUGGAAAUGCAGUUUAACUAUUAAGAGCUGAUUGUAUACCUCAACAGCCUAAUAACAUUUAAACUCCUUGUAAUGGUAUGAGAUUUUAUAAAUUAAGAAGUUGCCGAGGAAAAUCUUCCAUCUGUGCAGACUCCAUGGAGUUCAGUUAAAUCUCCUCAAAAAACUUUGAUGGCAGAUCUUUGUUUUUGUUUUGUUUUUUACCAAAAAACAAAUUUUUUAAUUUAUACUUGCUUGACAAUGACUGACUCAACGUUGAGGGAAUUUAGAUCGUUCUCUGGAGAAAUCGGUAAAUAUAAAUAUUUGUUCUACCAUCAAACGUGACGGCACAAAGACUACACGAAAUUAUUGUAAUUGGAUCAUAUUUGACAGGAGCCUAAGCUGUCGGAGCUACACUGCCAACAUCAACGCCAACCUUAGCAAUCUAGCUGGAUAGUCAAGAUAGUCAGAGAAGGAUAAUUAUUGUAAAUUUCAGGCACACAGGGAAUUCCUUUGUUUUGACCAUUAAAUAUUAAUUUGUUAAUGAGAAAACAUGAACAGUAAACUCCUGACUAUUCUAAAAUUGUCUCAUUUAAGACUAAUUUUAAAUUACAAGAUAAAAAUAAUUCCACAUUUCAGAAAUAUUCUCCUUGUAGUAUUUAAACAGUUAUUUAGUUUUGAAUAUUCAAGGUUUUUUGAUCGGCUGUGGUUGGUAUAUUUGAAUGGCUUAUUAGAAGUUAGAAUAUACUACAGCUGCAAUUAUGAUUUUAUGGAAACUGUAUGAUAAAAUGUUUAUAUUUCUGUCAAAGAAAAUAAUGGUGUGAAGGCAAAUAACAUCACAAAAUUAUGUCAGUGUCCUCAGUUUAGUAAAUUUAGCUCGUUUUAUUUAUGCAACAUGGAAUUGGAUGCUCAAUUAUAUCAGUCUGAAACCUGUUUUGUGUGUUGACAUUUGUUGUAAGGUUUUGAAGCAGCUAUUUGUUUAUGAUGCAUUUCCAAUGUAAAUUAAUCCUAAUUUGCUUGACUUUAGCAUGGUUAUAUUUGAUCUUUGCUGUUCAUUGAGCCAUUUUGAAGCCAAACAGAACUAUAAAAAUGCUUUGUUUUAAAGAAAUCUCCACAGGGCACCUUUAAAAUCUUACAUUUUAAGAAAGGAAUUAGUCAUAAUAUAAAUCUUGUUUGCUUUUCAGAAGAAGAUGAAGUAUUCUAGUAAAAACAAAAGCCAUAUAACGUGAAUUGGUGUUUACCUACUGGUUACUGAAGCCAUAAGCUUUACGGUGUUCAGUGCAGCCCACUUGCUCUAAUCGAGGGUUCUGUUUUCUUGGGGUUAAAGUUGAUGGUGAUUGAACAGUUGAAAAUUACCAGUACUGUUUCUUGUUGAUACAUUCCUGAACGUCCCUCAGACUGUGUUCUUUUCUACCCCCCCCCCCCCACUCCUCCUUCAUACAAUGAAAGAGUUAUGCUGUUGAAGUGUUUUCACAUAAGUAUCAAGUGAAUGUUCGCAGUAGGAAAAAAAAAAACGGAUCCAAUUUCCCUGCUGGCAACAUCAGCGUCUCUCAUUGAGUGAUACAAAACUCCAAUCAGGAAUUUGCCAAACUGUACAACGUCAAGGCCAUAACUCUUCCUUUCUAUGGCUGUGUUCUUUUCUAUCCUUCUAUUGAGUGCAUGUCAACUGAAUGUCCAGUAAUGUAGUAUUAGGCCAUGCUACUCUUCAAUAAGUUUUGUGCAUUUCUUACCUUCUUUAUUUUCUAGUAUUCCUAUGAAAAAAAACAGACUAAAAAUGUAUUAUAUAAAUACAUAUAUGAUAAGAUGACAUACCUGAAUGAAUUAUCACUUUUAUGGCAAUGGUUGAUGAAAUAUUAAUUCCUAAUGUAUGUUUCAGUAAAACUGCUUUCUCUUCAAGUAUAGAGACUUAUUGCAGGGAUGCAAGUAUGAUAUUUGGUCUUUAAAGAAUAUCUUGUUGAAAUUCUAGAUGAUGUAGAGUGAUACAAUUCAAUAAAACUAUAAAACUGAAAA